AUGACUUGUAGAGUUGUUGUGAAGGAGAUAGGGCAUGAAUCGCGACCUGUCCAGCUCGGGGUAGGCAUACAGAGCGGCUGCGAAACCGCGGUUCAUGCCACAAGAUCAUUUUUCGGGAAUACAUCACCUACUUACCGCCGUAUCUUAUUAAAAUUGGAUAUGAAAAACGCUUUCAAUAGCAUCAGAAGGGAUCAUGCCCUGGAAGUUUGCCAUCGACGGACUCCUUCCAUAUUUAAACUGGCUCAUCUUUCGUAUAGUCAUCCAAGUAUGUUGAUCGCCUCCGAUAAUAUUAUCUCUUCUGCUACUGGAAUCCAGCAAGAUGAUCCACUUGGUCCGCUACUAUUUUUAAUGGCUGUUGACGGGGUAGCUCGUUCCAUCGUCUCUCCUUUCAAUAUAUGGUAUCUUGACGAUGCAACGUUGGGAGGAUCCAUCGAGGGCGUAACUGCUGACCUCCGACGAGUUAUUCCUGCUUUAUCUCUGCUUGGACUUGAGAUUAACACGUCCAAGUCAGAGAUAAUAAACUUGGAUUAUAGUGCAGAUGAUUUCGAGAGUUUUAUCCGGAAUAUCAGACUCAUCCUUGAGGAUAUAAAAAUAACACCUAAGGAGGAUUUACACAUUCUUGGUCCCAAUGGCCAUUCGAGAGUGUUUGGAUACUAA